GUGGCGAAGGAGCGCUGGGUGCCGUUCCACAGGGUCCUCGAGGCGAACAACUUCUUCCUCAUCCGGUCGGUGCUGCACUGCAAGGCAUACGCCGUCCGCGCUUUGGACCUCGGCCAGACGCUGGGGGCUGCGGCGGGCGAGAAGGCCGCGGUGCUGGACGAGAGGCGCAAGUUCUUCCAGAUCUUCAUAUUCGCUGCGCAUUGCAGGCAGGAGCUGUUCCUCAACGUCCAGAGGCCCCACAUGUUGAAGCCUGCGUUCUGGGACGACCCCGUGGCCGCCUUCGGGCCCGGCGGGGACAUGGAGAGGGACCUGCUGGCGUAUCGGACGUCGCGCGUGCCACGCCCGAGCCUGUUCAACAGGGCCGUCAUCAUACCGGGCCGGGUCUCCGAGGCGAAGGAGAAGGCGGGGGGCGUCGACGAGAACAUCGUCCAGUCCCUCGUGCACCGCACCCGCUGCCUGCUCGAGGUUGCCGAGGCGGCCUGGUCGUGUCUGAGCGACACGAACAGGGCGGCGACCCAGAAGUGCGAGGAGGUGGGCGCCGUCCCAGGAGGGAAGGGGGAGGCAGCAGCAGGCUUACACGCCCGUCGUUGA